UGUCUGAUCCUCCAGACUUCACGCACAGAGCAGUGACACAACUUGUCAGGAUUCAGACUAGACAGACCAUUCAUAAAACCCCAUCAACAACACAACAGCACGUCAAGCUGGACUCAUAUCAGCACACUUCUCCAGUUCAUCCUCUUUGACUUACUGUGCGCAUUGUUUUCUUGCGGUUUUUCACUUAUGUCCCUCAAAUCCAGCGAUGACUAUAAUCUGCGUAGUAUGAGCAAUCUGAUGGGCGAGAGGAGGAAGAGAGCGGCGGAUGAUGGAGAGCGGAGUCUCAUCAAGGCUCCGUCCAGCGCGAGCCUCAGCAGCGCCGGUCCCUCAGCAGCGUCUCCUGCGCCCGCGGACCUGGAGCGCGCGGCGCGCAAACAGUUCCAGCAGGAUGUCACGCCGGGUUUCGUCUACGUGCUGGCCGCGUUCUCCGCCAUCGGAGGCUUUCUGUUCGGCUAUGACACCGGGGUGGUGUCCGGGGCGAUGCUUCUGCUCAAGAGGGACAUGAAUAUAACUGCCCUGUGGCAGGAGCUGCUGGUGUCCGGGACUGUUGCUGCGGCGGCGGUGUCCGCGCUGCUCGGCGGGUGUCUCAACGGGUUGUUCGGGCGGCGGGUGUGCAUCCUCACGGCUAGCUUUGCCUUCGCCAUCGGGGGGAUAGUGAUGGGAUCUGCUCCUAAUAAGGAGGCACUGCUGGUUGGACGACUCAUAGUGGGACUUGGGCUUGGUAUUGGGUCCAUGACCAUUCCUGUGUACAUCGCUGAAACAUCGCCACCCCACCUGAGAGGACGCCUGGUCACCAUCAACACACUGUUCAUCACAGCGGGCCAAUUCAUAGCCAGCCUUAUCGAUGGGGCCUUCAGCUACAUGCAGCAUGGAGGCUGGAGGUAUAUGCUGGGUCUGUCAGUGGUCCCUGCAUUGCUGCAGUUCCUGGGGUUCCUCUUCCUACCAGAGAGUCCUCGCUGGCUCAUCCAGAAAGGUCUUACCCAAAAGGCCCGGCGCGUGCUCAGCCAAAUACGUGGCAACCAGAACAUUGACGAAGAGUAUGAUACUAUCAAAAGCAGUAUUGAAGAGGAGGAAAAGGACUGUGGAGGAGAGGGCCCAGUGAUCUGGCGCAUGCUGACCUACCCUCCGGCUCGCCGUGCUCUCAUUGUGGGUUGUGGACUCCAGAUGUUCCAGCAGCUUUCUGGCAUCAACACGGUCAUGUACUACAGUGCCACCAUUCUGCAGAUGUCAGGAGUACGUGAUGACAAGUUGGCCAUCUGGCUGGUGACUGUAACGGCGUUCACAAAUUUCCUGUUUACUCUGCUGGGCGUUUGGUUGGUUGAAAGGGUGGGCAGACGUAGACUUACGUUGGGGAGCAUCUUCGGUACUGUUUUGAGUCUUUGUGUCCUGUCUGUUGGCUUCCUCCUGUCAGCCCAACAUUCCCCUCCUGUUACACUACACCUGACGGACCCCACGACACCCAACUCCAGCUGCACAACACAUCUGUCGUGUGAGCCCUGUAUGUUGGACCCUAGCUGUGGUUACUGUUAUCAGGAAAACAGCACUGCUGUGUUCGCCUCCUCCUGUGUGCCCGUCAAUCCGGCCUCCACCGAGAGAGCAGCGUGGGGCAAGUGCUCCAACUCCACACAUAUGCCAGAUAGUGGUAUAUGGGCUUAUAACUUUUGCCCAACCUCUUAUUCAUGGGUUGUGCUCCUGGGACUUGUGCUAUAUCUCGCAUUUUUUGCCCCAGGAAUGGGGCCGAUGCCAUGGACGGUUAAUUCUGAAAUCUACCCUCUUUGGGCCAGAAGCACGGGCAAUGCUUGUUCGGCUGGGGUGAACUGGACCUUCAAUGUGCUGGUGUCUCUAACGUUCCUCCAUAUGGCCCAGUACCUGACUUACUACGGUGUAUUCUUCCUUUAUUCCAGUUUGGCUCUAUCUGGUUUCUUUUUCAUUUAUGGCUGCCUCCCUGAGACCAAGGGACGGCGACUAGAAGAGAUUGAGUCCUUGUUUUAUAACCGGCUCUGCUCGUGUGGCAUCUCGGAUUCUGAUGAGGAUCGGCAGGUGGAAUACAUCCGGGUAAAAGGGUCAAACUACCACCUAUCGGACAACGACGCAUCGGAUGUCGAAUAACACGUGUGAAACCUCUGGUUUGGCAUCGAUUGAGCAUCGCUCAACCCUGACGUCAGGUCCGCCCACUGUAUUGGUCAGGUUGAGCCUCUCUCAUCCAGACGUUCACCGCGAUGGCAAGAACAGGGUUGUAGAGCACACACA